AUGUGGAUCGGGACCCCAGCCCUAGUGGGGACCCAGUCCUCCUCCUUGGCAGCAGCAGCAGCCGAAUUUUGGCACCGCAGCCAUAACCGCUCAGGCCUCACCGGCCCCCCUUUGGGGUGCUCCACCCCCCCCAGUAGCACUGCCGCCCCUCUCACCCAGGACAGCUUUCUUGGCAACAUUGCUAUCUCACCCUCUCUUCCUUCCAUGUACCCAUCCAACAUUAAUGAAACCACUUUCCAGUACUCAGUGUCUUCCUCCUCCUCCUCACCCACUCUGGACUUUGUCCUCGAUAGUGGGGCCACUGAGACCGCUCUCAAAGAUGCUGGUACACUCACACCCCUCUCUCCACCUACUCAGGUUCAUGGCGCUGACAGCAGCUUCACCAUCCCAUGCACACACCUCUCCACUCUCCCCUGCUCACUCUUCCCCUCUGGUAAGAGUGCAGGUAUCACUGCCGUCUAUCUAGGCAAUGCCACCUACUGUGACCUUUACCACACUGCCUCCGGCCGCUUCCUCCUCCGCAUACCCCUCUGCCCCCGCACUCGCCUCUACACUCUCCACACUCCUUGGCCAUCCUCCUGCCAUGUUACCACUCGUGCGGGUACCUCCACCAGCCCUCCCCAUCCACCUCCCUCCCCUCCCACUCCGCCAUCUCCCCACUCCUUCAUCCCGCCCUCAUUCAUUCCAAUCCCCUCCACCUCCGACCAUCUCUCCCACCCCGCUGUUCUCCUACAUCACCGACUCGGCCAUCCGAAUUUUGCCGCUCUCCGCACUGCCGUCACCUCACGACUCCUUCACAGCCUCCCUCCCGCUCAUCCUCCCCUUCCCUCCUACCCAGCCCCCCCAUGCCCCUCCUGCAUCCACGGCAAACUCAAACAAUCUCCUCACCACAGCCACCCAUCCUUUGCUCCUGCUCCAAUUGACCUUGUCCAUAUGGACCUCUGGGGACCCUCCCCCACCCGCUCACGCCAAGGCCAUCGCUACAUGCUUGUCCUUGUUGACGAUCACAGCCGCUACUCCUCCGUUUUCCUCCUCCACACAAAAGACCAGGCGCCGACCAUGAUCAUCAACUGGGCAGAGCAAUGCCGCACCCACUUCAAACGUCCCAUCGGCCGCCUACAUUCCGAUGGGGGAGGCGAAUUCCUCAAUCGCACUCUCUCCCACUACUGCACCACCCAUGGAAUCCAACAGACCCACACCCUUCCCCACUCCCCACAGCAAAACGGCAUCGCAGAAAGCCGCAUUCGCGAAAUCACUAAGAUCGCCCGCUGUCUCCUCGCUCACGCCUCCACCCCUCCUCUCUGGGGCUAUGCCCUGCUACAUGCUGCCCUCCUCCUCAACCUUCACUCCCAUCCUCACCACACUACCACCACCCCCACGGAACUCUGGUCGGGCACCAAUCCUGACGCUGCCGGUCUCCGUGUCUGGGGUUGCAAGGCAUAUGUGCUUAUCCCUCCACCUGAUCACACCCACGGCAAGCUCGCUUCUUGCGCCCUCGAGUGUGUCUACCGCGGACACAACCGCGACUCGCCUGACUACCUCUUCCUUCACCCUCCCUCUGGUCGCCUUAUUCGCAGCAUUGACGUCGUCUUUGAUGAAACUACCCCAUAUUACUCCUCUCCACCACCGGACCCCCUCCCUCCUCCCACACGUCCUCUCGCUUGGGCCGACACCGUCCUCCCUCCCCUCCUCCCUCCGGCACCCCUUCUCCCACCCCUCCCUACUCCGCCAGCAGCAGCAGCAGCAGCAGCAGCAGCAGCAGCAGCAGCAGCAGCAGCAGCAGCAGCAGCAGCAGCAGCCUCAGCAGCGACUGCAGCAGCAGCAGCAGCCGCAGCAGCAGCAGCAGCAGCAGCAGCAGCCGCAGCAGCAGCAGCAGCAGCAGCAGCAGCAGCCGCAGCAGCAGCAGCAGCAGCAGCAGGGGCAGCAGCAGCAGCAGGGGCAGCAGCAGCAGCAGGGGCAGCAACACCGGGAGGAGCAGCAGCAGCCGCAGCAGCAGCAGGGGUUCCAGCAGCACCAGCAGCAGCAGCGCCAGAGGGCAACUGCACGCUCCUCACCCUUCCUCCUCCCUCGCAUGCACACCCGCUCCCUUGA